CCAAAAUGUAAACAAAUAUGACACAUCCCCAACUUGCUUUCUACAAUAUCCUACCUCUCUCAAAUGGAACAAGACAAAGAAAAUCAACUGAAUUUGCCAAAAUUAUCAAUUCCUCAGGAUAUAAAGGUGUUCCAGGGCAAUUACUAUACGCUUGAUGGUGAACAAACACCAAACCCAGACGGUACAACUGAGUUUAAGACUUGCAAAGCGUUAUACUACAAAUCAAAAAAACCAAUUCCUGGACGAUAAGGAAUGGAUCUGUCUUAUUAUUUUCUAUCAGUUUCAGAUGUCUUGUUAUAAAAAUUAGUUAUGGGGUGCAUACCUAUCCAUUAUUUGACCAUAAUUAAAGACAAACCACAACAAACCCGCAUCUUUAGAUUAUAUUAAUAAAUAACCAAAAAUAUGCUUUCGAAAAGCAUGCACUACAAUUUCCUCAUAAAACGUUCAAGAACAUGAAGGUCAGAGAUACUCAAUACUUGAGCAACAUAACAAUGACCAGAUAACAUGAAUUAGUUCCUAAUACGCUAUACGUUCAUAGAGGGAGGGUAACAUUGCCAAAUUCUUAAAUAAGAAAACACGGAUAGUGUCUUGAUCAUUACUGUAGUGUUCUAUGUAACUGUAUGAACCAGAUCAUCUUCAAAACAACAGUUGCCCAAAAAUCUGGAAACCUAUCUUUCUUUGAAACGGAAACAGAAG